AUGGCCUCUUCCCUCGCACGCAGCAUCUUCAUAAGGCGCUUCCACGUGUCUGUGAGGAGGCAUGCGCUCUCCAAGUUCACCAUGCCGGCGAUGAGCCCAACGAUGACUGAGGGCGGCAUUGCAUCAUGGAAGAAGAAGGAGGGCGAAACCUUCGCAGCUGGUGAUGUUAUUUUGGAGAUCGAAACGGACAAAGCUACCAUUGACGUGGAGGCACAGGAUGAUGGCGUCCUCGCAAAAAUUAUAGCGAAUGAUGGUGCUAAGAACAUCGCUGUUGGGUCAACUAUUGGUAUUAUCGGCGAGCCGGGGGAUGACCUCUCUGGUGCUGAGAAGCUGGCUUCUGAGGCGUCAUCGGAAAAGCCUCCUUCGCCUCCUGAGGAGAAAGCUCCAGAGCCUCCCAAAGCCGAGCCUGCGCCUGAGCCUACGCCUGCGCCUGCACCCGCGCCUGCAGAAAGCAAACCUCAGACUGCAACGAAACCGGAGCUUCCAAAGGGCGAACGCAUCUUUGCUUCUCCCAUUGCCAAGAAGAUUGCGCUGGAGCGAGGUAUCCCCCUCGCAAAAGUGCAGGGCUCAGGUCCUGAAGGUCGCAUUAUUCGCGAAGACGUGGAGAAGUAUCAGCCUCCCGCGCCCGCUGCUCCUGCUGCUCCUGCUACUCCUGCUACUCCUGCUGCUACAUACGUUCCGCCACCGGGCGCACCCCUACCGGAUUAUGUCGACAUCCCCGUCACAAACAUGCGGCGUGUGAUCGGCACUCGUCUUACCCAGUCCAAACAAGAUGUCCCUCACUACUAUUUGACAGUUGACAUCAACAUGGACAAGGCGAUGAAGUUGAGAGAGGUCUUCAACAAAGCAUUGGGCGAGAAGGAUAAGGCGGCUAAGCUCAGCGUAAAUGACUUUAUCGUGAAGGCAGUCGCGUGUGCUCUCGCGGACGUUCCCGAAGCGAACUCUGCAUGGUUGGGCGAGGUAAUCAGACUGUAUAAGAAAGUUGACAUUUCAGUCGCUGUUGCUACACCUGCAGGUCUCAUCACCCCCAUCAUCAAGGAUGUAGGUGGGAAGGGACUGGCUACUAUCUCCUCCGAGAGUAAGGCACUGGCGAAGAAAGCUCGAGACGGCAAACUACAACCUCUCGAGUACCAGGGUGGUACAUUUACCGUCUCCAACUUGGGCAUGUUCGGUAUCGACCACUUCACGGCCAUCAUCAACUCGCCGCAAUCAUGUAUAUUAGCUAUUGGAGCCACCCAGCCUGUACUUGCCCUUGCACCAGAAGAGGAACGUGGAUUCAAGGUCGUGCAGAUCAUGAAAGUGACUCUCAGCGCCGAUCACCGGACUGUCGACGGGGCAGUAGGUGCGAGGUGGUUGUCGGCGUUCAAGGGUUACCUUGAGAACCCUCUCACAUUCAUGCUGUGA